AUGGUCAUUCAGCGUGUUUGGCGCUCAUCUCCAUCGACAUCAUCUGCAGGGGCUGCUGCUUCUACAAGUAGUACUGCUUCUGCUUCUAACACCCACGCAAUUUCAGCAACAAGUUCCUCCGAUCCAGUGCCAAACGUGACGGUAACAGGUUCCUCGGACACGGAGUUUAGCGGUUCUACUAUAAACUUCCAGCGCCCGAAACUAACCGGUGAUGCCAUGCUGGAAGUCUUGAAAAGACGCUAUUCCGGUCGUUCCUACGCAAAUCAAUCCUCAAGUGAUGCAGCAUUGAAAUCAUUGGAACUGCUACGUUCCAACCUACAGUACUUGUUCGAUAAGGAAAUAGACGUAGUCAUCAAGAAGUUUAGUUCACUGUUCUUCAUUCCCGCCAUCAAAAACAUUAAGGAAAAUUUGGGGGAAAAUGCAAUCUCCGAGGAGACACUGAAAACAACUUAUUGUUCGCUGUUGGAAGGCAGCAAAGCUCAGUACGUUGGUCAAAUAUCAUCGCCGGCAGAAAACUCGCUGUCCAGAGCUAACACUCCGGGAAUGGAGUUGAGUGAUUCGGACUCUAGUACAGACAACGUGGUUCCAUCCGGAACCACUAGCCUGCUUCAGCAGGCUCUGAAACGCAAACUUCCCGAACCAAAUCAACCGGACACGUUCAAGCGGCAAUAUUUUUUGCAGGGUUCUCUUUACCCCCAGACCCAAUAUCCAAUCUUGCAGUCCCUGGGAAAUGUGCCAGCAUCACUUACCUACCAACACAUCAAUCGACCUGCAAUUUCAAAUUCGACCGUUUUUACUACAACCAUUAGUCCAGAAACAUUAUUCAUUCUGGAUUUCAAGGCCGGUCGAGCACUGGGCGUAGCAGAUUUCCGUGACCGGCUGGUUAACAAACAUCCAGAAAUACUCCGAUAUUGUCCGGACAAUCAGGACCGUGAGUGGCUCCUGCAGCAGAAGCAAAUCUCCCCACUGAAUCGAAACGGCCGCUUUUAUUUGCUAGUUUUAGACGAAGUGAAAAAACUCGCCGAAAGAAACACGGAAUACUCCAACAACCCAUAUCUAAAGCUAUCCGAUUUGCAAGGUUUCAAACUAACGGAAUUUAUCUACGCCAAGGUGCAGAAGCUAAUCAAGGAGAGUGGUGAACAGUGCGCACUAAAAGCGCCGCCGGUGAUCUCGACGGUGGCAACUAUUCCGUCGGCAAGUAGCGGCAGCAGUUGUAGCUCCCAGCAGAAACCGCGUGUUUCCUCGCUCAGUUCCUCGCAUGCCACAUUGACGGCACUGCUUGCGUCACCGCAGCAGCAAGCACAGCCCCCGGCGAACGCGGAGGCGGUGCCACCAUCAUCCGCUACCAUCGCCGGAUCAGGUGCUCAGAGCUCAGCUACCAGUGGAGAAAUGAAGACUUAA